UUCACAUUUAUAGAAAUGCGCAUGGUCAGUUGUGUGUACAACUUCGCUUGUGGCGAUACACGUGCUUCGGACGACUUCCAUCCAGAGGCCUGGGCGUUGAAUUCUUGACCAAUGCAGGCUGAGAGAACACAGGGAUGAAACAGAGAAAAACGGGAUUUAGGAGUCAGAUCGUCGAACAGGAUGGAGCGUCCCAAACAUGAGAGGACUUGACUAACGGUUUUACGAUCGAAGGGGUCGGCGGGAUGAAGUAAAGAUUUCAUCAUGACCACGCUUGAAUAAAUAAUUAUUUACUGUGAGUUGUUAUAACAAGAAAGAUGGCGAUUGGCAAGGACCUCGAAGUCUACAAGAAAGAUCCUAGUGUCUCUAGGAAAGCAGUCGUGAAUGGUAUCGCCGGAGGAGCAGCUGGGAUGUUUGCGGUGACAGCAGUCCAUCCACUGGACACCUUAAAAACCAAGAUGCAGACAUUCCCGGACUCCUACAGGCACAGCAUUCAGUGUUUCCGCGACACUUUCCACUCUCACGGAGUCAGAGGACUAUACCACGGACUUACACCCAUGAUGCUAGGAAACAUGGCUAAAAACAUGGUGGUGUUCAUGUUUUACGGGAUUUGUGAAGAUGCAGUCAAGUUUGGAUAUGGUCUUGACCACACUAGCCAAAUGACCCCUGGUCAGAAGGCUUUGGCUGGUGGCCUGGGGGGUUUUGCCACAGGCAGUGUUCUGUGCCCCAUGGAGCUGCUGAAAUGUAGACUACAGACUCAGCAUCAGCUUGCACUGGAUUGCACAGUGGGAGAGAAUUUUCAGUUGGCAAGAGGCCCAGUCCAUCUUGCCCAGCAGGUGCUACAGUUGGAGGGGCUGCGUGGACUCUUUGUGGGACUAAACUCCACCUUACUGAAGUACGUCCCUGGUCAGGCUAUCUAUUUUGGAGUUUAUGAGUCCAUGAGGUCUUUCCUGGCAAAGGGGGAUAACAGGCAGCAGCUCAGUCCAGUUUCUACCAUGGUGUCGGGCGCUCUCGCAGGCAUGGCAUUCUACACUGUCAUGAUUCCUGUCGAUGCCGUCAAGUCCAGAAUCCAGGUCAAUGCCACCACCAUUGAGCCAAUGAAAUUUGUGGACACAAUCAUGAAGAUUUAUAAAAAUGAGGGUGUCAGGCCACUCUACAGGGGCCUUGGACCAGCAUUAUUGCGAACUGCUCCUGGCAAUGCCUGCCAUUUCCUCAUGUACGAGUGGGUGAGACAGAAACUGUUCUCCUUGACUGGAGGCUAGAAAAUGUAACAACAGACGAAGGAGCUGACAACGUAGCUUUGGUUUUGGAUCGAGAGUUUGGAUGACAGUGUCCUGUUCGUCAUUUGAUCCAUUUUCAACAUUUAAGUGGAAAAAAACUUAACCCAUUCUUGUUAUCAAUUUAUUUGUCUACAGAAAACUAGAUUUAAGCUAAUAGAGAUAUGCCCUAUGUGAUCUGAAUGCCAUACGAACUACCAGCCCAUGUUUGAAGGUUGCAAACUGCCCAAUUUAUGGCUCUUGACAAUCGUGAGUGAAUGUGAUCUCCAGAAGCUGUGUACCAAAUAGGCAGUAGCAAAGCUUGAGCAUGUUUGGAUGUUACUUUGCCUUAUACAUGCUUUUACAUAGCCUUGGAUUCAGAAAAGGAGAAGACAUGAUGGGUGCACAUGUAAUAGGGACUUCAGCAUAGAUAGGAGUAUAUAUGUAUGCCAUACAAGCAGCUAUACCAAUAUUAAAUUGACAUCGCUGUUUACAAUUUUUAUGAAGAAAUGGCAGAAAAUUGAAGAAAUAGAGAUGAUGAAUUGCGUGAAAAUCUGCAUACAUGUUACAUGCAGGUUGCAUGUGAUGCAGGGAUUAUGGCAGAUGUACGUAUAUUAAAUAGCAACAGGUGGAACAGGCCUUUCAGAACAAAAAGUAAUACAUUAAUUUAGUGGAUAGCUCCAAUAGUGCUUUCUAUAGUGUUGCUUUAGAUACCCUGCUUAAAUCUGUCAAACUGAAAAAUAAUCAAAAUUUGCUAGUAGUACCAGCAGGUGUGGCAUUGCCAACAUAAUGCCAUGUUUUGUACAUCUCUUGCUCAUUAUGUAACUUACAUUACAGCUAUGUAUGAAAAUUUAGAGCAAUGGUCGUCAGAAAGUGUGCAAUACAUGCACACACUGUUCAACAUUACUUUUGAUUGAAGCAGCAGACUGAAGAAGCAUAAAUGUUUAAGUGAUGAGCAGUGUCAUUCAAGGCUACUGCCAUUUUUAGCACUCUUGGGUCAAGACAAGGUCUUUCAGCUGUGAUAAAUCAUUUAUGAUUUAAGUGUAAAUUUGCACACAUUUUUAUAAUAAUGCUCUGAUGUAACCAUUUGCUAUGUCAAGUCAAAUCUGACCUUUGACCUUAUACAUUUGACCCUUGACUUUUUCUUACGCCUGAUCUUUUUAAGUUGACCUUUGUCACUUUGGUAAUUUUUCCGUAGGAUUUUGAUGGCUAGUCCAGUAUAAUUGUUUUCCUUGUAUUUAUCCCUUGAUGUCAUUACUGUAACAAUUAUUUCAUUCCUUGGUGUGAGUUUUACCAGGAAUAUCCACUAUUACCUCUCUAUUUCAAAAGAUACAUGUAUGUAUUUCUGUUGUGAUCUCAGUGUCUAGAAAUGUGGAAAGAUAUUAGACAAAAAAAGCUCUCGUCUCCAAAGUUUAAGAGCACGUUAAUUAUAUGGAACUUAAAUGUAAUAGAAUUUGGGUUAAGGCAGGUAUCUUUGGACAGGUGUGAUGAUAUAAGUAAGUGUUGGUACUAUGUAUCUGGGUGUUGAAAGAUUUGCCCCUUACGUACCUCUAUUUCAUCUUAUAUACCACCUGUAUAUUAAGCAGAGAAUCAACUAAAGGAGUGUACAUAUUAUAUAAAUUCAUUCAGUUGUUGAAUUUUAAGUAUUGUCUUGGUGGUGUGCACUUAAUCAAAAAUGAGGGUUAUGUAUUGUAUGCGGAAUGUGUUUUGUAGACAUUUUUAUCUUGAAUUUUUUUCAUAUACUUGUAUACAUUACAAUCCUACAUUGUAUUAAGCACUACUUUCUUUGUUGCAUUUGACCGCUUGCUAUUCAAGUAAGAUGUGAAGCCAUUCUCAGUUAUAUUCAUUUGAUAUCUGCGGAGAUGGCCCCUGCACAAAGCCAGUGCAUAUUAGAAUUGUGACAUUGAAGGAGAGAAGACAUUAUAACUCAAAGUGAGGGAUGUGUGCUGAACUGUAGAUUUCAAAUCAGUUCAAUACCAGGUUAAUAAAAAUGCCUGUGUUUUAUUGCCAUAGUAGUAAUCAUAAAGUUAGGUAUAGUGUAUAUAGAAAGUAAUGAUAAUGGUCUCUACCAGGAAUAGAGCUUUAUCAGCUUGGCACAACUUACGAGAUGGUUGUAAUAGUGAUAUCGGCGAUUUGCAGGGAUCGUUGCUUACUUUAUUGAUUAUUGAUAUUAGCUAGGGUUAUUUUGUAUUUAUUUCAAUUGGUGGGUUAUGAUGUGUUAUUAGAUUGGUGUCUGGGAGUUUAUUUCAUUCUCAGUAUUUUAUUUUUCUGGUGAUCAGGGUGUUUAAGGCAGUUGUAUACCUGUGUGUAAAUAAGCAAGGCAUUCAGAGGGUGUGUUUUACUUCUGUCUCCAUUGUAAGCUAACCAUCCAAGUGCAAGUUCGAAUUUAUAACAUUUCUUUCACCUGAUAGGGUCCAAUGAGCUUUUUUUUUUUCAGGCUAGACUGAGCAUUUUGUCCAGGGGGUUGGAGGUGUUAUGGUUAUUUAUUCAUGUAGAACCUAUACAGCUGUUAUGUUUUGUUCUGCACAAAGUACAAUAUAGGUCAUGUGUACGCUAUUUUCAGACAGUCAACACGUAGUCUUAUAUGUGCUAUUGGUAAACGUGCGCCAAAAACAAGUUGCGUAAACAAUAUAUAUCAGGACAGCAGCAUGAUUUCAAUGCAUAAACAACCUCUAGUUUAUCAGUUCCUUCUUAAGGGAUUUUACAAAUCUGUGUAAUCAGAAAGAAGACUCCGCCCCUGUAAAAUUUACAACGUCAUUGCAGGCCUGUUAAUGCAAGUUUUUCCCCCGUGUAUAAUAUGGCUAGAAAUGUGAAGCUUCUCAAACAAUGAGGAAGCACAAACAGGCAUGGCUAAGUUGCAUAAAGCUGUGUGUGUGUGUGUGUGUGUGUGUGUGUGUGU